GGUGACGUGCGGGGCGGCGAGCGGCGAUGCCCGCAGUGCCGGCGCCGGCUGCGCCAGAGGCGGGGUGAGGCGGAGCCAGCGCGGCCGGGCCGGGGGCAUGGAGUGGGCCGCCGUGCCCAGCGCCGACAGAAGCCAACAGUAGAAACUGCCUCCUGUGGCUAACUUUUCAGGAACAACCUUAACAACAGACCAGUUAUGAUCUACUUUCAUAAGUGAGCUGCAUUGGCUUUUUGGAGUGAACAUACAAUAAUGAGCGGUGCAGCUUUGGGCAUUGAGAUAGUAUUUGUUUUUUUUCUGGCUUUAUUCCUACUUCAUCGAUAUGGAGACUUUAAGAAACAGCAUAGGCUUGUAAUUAUAGCAACAUUGUUGGCUUGGUAUCUCUGCUUUCUGAUUGUGUUUAUAUUGCCUCUGGAUGUUAGUACGACCAUAUAUAAUCGGUGCAAACUUGCUGUUAACUCCAGCCCUCCAGAAAGUAACAACAAUGGAACUUAUACUACCCCUGCUCCAAGGAAACAGAAGUGUUUCAAGCCAUGGAGUUACAUCCCUGAUGGAAUUAUGCCAAUAUUCUGGCGUGUAGUAUAUUGGACAUCACAGUUCUUAACAUGGAUUUUGUUACCUUUCAUGCAGUCGUAUGCAAGGUCAGGAGGAUUCUCCAUUACUGGGAAGAUUAAAACUGCAUUGAUAGAGAAUGCAAUCUAUUAUGGCACAUACUUGCUGAUUUUUGGAGCCUUUUUGAUAUAUGUGGCUGUAAACCCACAUUUCAAUUUGCAGUGGAACCAGCUUCAGACCAUUGGAAUAGCAGCUGCCAACACAUGGGGUCUUUUCCUCCUUGUGUUGUUGUUGGGGUAUGGCUUGGUGGAAAUUCCCCGUUCACACUGGAAUGGAGCAAAAAGGGGCUACCUUCUCAUGAAGACCUAUUUCAAGGCUGCCAAACUGAUGACUGAAAAAGCAGAUGCAGAGGAGAACUUGGAGGAUGUUAUGGAGGAAGUCCGUAAAGUAAAUGAGAGUAUCAAGUAUAAUCAUCCUUUGAGAAAAUGUAUUGAUACAAUAUUGAAAAAGUGUCCUACUGAGUAUCAAGAAAGAAUGGGCAGGAACAUGGAUGACUAUGAAGACUUUGAUGAAAAGCAGAACAGUUAUCCGAGUGAGAAAAGUCUGGUCAAACUUCACAAACAGGUGAUUUAUUCAGUUCAGAGGCACCGUCGUACACAAGUCCAGUGGCAAAUUCUUUUAGAACAAGCAUUCUAUCUAGAGGAUGUGGCAAAAAAUGAAACCAGUGCAACUCGUCAGUUUGUACAUACUUUUCAAUCCCAGGAACCUGAAAACAGAAUUGUGCAAUACUUCUACACGCCGACUGUUGAGUGGUACUGGGAGUGUCUCCUGCGACCAUGGUUUUGCAGGAUUCUUGCCAUUGUUUUGGCUGCUUUCUCUAUAAUUGUUGUAUGGUCAGAGUGCACAUUUUUCAGCACUAGGCCUGUUUUGUCCCUGUUUGCAGUGUUUAUACAACUGGCAGAAAGAACAUACAACUAUAUUUAUAUAGAGAUGGCUUGCUUCCUUACCAUCUUCUUCUUAAGUAUCUGUGUUUACUCUACUGUCUUCCGGAUCCGUGUGUUUAAUUAUUAUUACUUAGCUUCCCACCAUCAAACGGAUGCAUACAGUCUCCUUUUCAGUGGCAUGUUAUUUUGCCGUCUUACUCCACCACUGUGUCUGAAUUUCUUGGGUUUGACUCACAUGGAUUCAUCAAUCUCUCACAAAAACACUCAAGUAACUGCAUAUACAUCGAUAAUGGGCUCUAUGCAAGUGUUAUCCUUCAUUGCAGAUGGAUUUUAUAUAUACUAUCCCAUGCUGGUUGUCAUUCUCUGUAUUGCCACUUACUUCAGUUUAGGAACUCGCUGUCUGAAUCUUCUGGGAUUCCAGCAGUUCAUGGGAGACAGUGAAAUGACUUCUGACUUAAUUGAUGAAGGAAAAGAAUUAAUCAGAAGAGAGAAAAGAAAACGGCAACGGCAAGAAGAAGGAGAAAACAGAAGAAGGGAAUGGAAAGAACGAUAUGGAAAUAGAGAAGAUUCUACCAGAAACAGAAAUGUUCACACAGAUCAAAAAGAAUCUAGUUUCUCAGAGCCCAGCACAAAUAGACCACUGUCUAAAUACACCAGGUCAAAUGGCAAGACUGAGAGGGAUAGAAUAGAACUUCUCCAAGAUGCAGAACCUUUGGAUUUUAAUGCAGAUACUAUUACUGAUGAUCCCCUUGAAUCAGACUCAGGAAGGUAUCAGCCUGGUGGAAGGUAUUUGUCAAUGUCACGAAGUAGAAUAUUUGAUGACGUCUAAAUCCAACAGUGCUUCAGAAAAGUUAUUGGAAAUAAGUCUCUCAUUCAUUAUUUGAAAAAUACUGUAAUUGUAACAUCUCUGAACCAAAAAUGCCCUCUCCUUUCAAAAAAUAAAAAAGGAAGAAUGAAGGAACAAACAAACAUUUUAAAAUCCACCUUGACUAACUUUACCAGUCUACAAUGAACAAGAAUAUGUUUCUGCUGUUAACAGGUAUUACACAUCUGUGUGCUAGGUUGUUUUUCUCCCCUGUCAUGACUAGGAUGACAGAAAUCAAUUUCCCUUAAGUGAUAGAAUAGACUACAUUUUAUAUGUACAAAUAGGGCUCAAUUUACAUUUUUAUCUCAAAUUUUACUGCUGAUUUUUCCUUUCUUGAAAUAAGGAAUUGAUAAGAUACUCUGAGAGAAAUCUAAUGCAUCCUAAGUGCAGUUAUAUCUAUUACUGUAGUAAAUACUCUGGAACAGCUUUCUGUUUGAACUUUAAGCUUCAUCCAAGGUCCACUGAAAUCAAUGAGAAGUCCGCUAUUGACUUCAGUGUCCUUUGAAUUAGGCCUUUUAUGAGUACGAGAGAUUGAACAGUAAUUUUGUACAAAACACAGUGGCAUAAGAUGUGAAGGGGCUUGCACAUCAGUCAUAGAACUUAGAAAUUUUUUUCCUCUUUCAACACUACCUGCAGAUGGCAUCGGCGUAUGUAAAUAAUUCAGAUUCAACAUAGACAGGUACUUUCAUUAUCACUGUCAUAUAAGCAUGUGUGCAAUAACAGGAAUGCAUCCUCUGGGUAUGGUGGCUGUUUAAGAUAUUUUGUUUACAGUAGUAAGAUGAAAACCUUGGCACAUUGGUCUUGUAGGUAUAAAAAAUACUUAAUGUGAAAUUUGAAUAAAAUUUUAAAUGUUACAAUUUUGCACUUAUUUAUAGUACAGUUUAAAACGCUGAAGCUUCACUUUGAAAUAAGUGAACAAUGUAGCGUGAUUAGUUAUUGGUAAAUAUUUUUGACAUCCCAACUCUACUGCCUUGUAUAAGGUAUCUGUCCAUUGAGGUGCCUGUGUUUUACAGUAAGUAGUCUGUCUGUCUGCAAAAAGAAAUAAAAAAACUUGUUCAUUCAAUUGCCAUUCAAAAACCUGCCAACCAGAAACAGUGUAAAAAUGCUUAAAUUUAAUAAUCAGUGUAGGUAGGAAUAUUUUAAAACCAUAGUUGGUUGAAUGAAUUUUAAAGCAUUAGGUAGAAGGUGUGGUAGUGUUACUAUUACGGAGGAGAGAGAUACCAAUUUAAUUUUGCUUUGUUUGUAAUUUUAAGUUGCACUUAAUUUUUUUUUUUGCGGGGGGUGAGGGCGGGGGGUUAAUUGACAUUUUUACCACACUAAGUUGUUUUUUUUUUCCUCGUGUGCACUUACUGCACAGCAGUGAUGAAAACCAAAAUAGAAGUUAAUGUCAUUUUUUUUCUCUUGAACACUUGAACAAUGCAUGAUUUUAAUUCAGAAUCCUGAUCUCAGAUAUGUGCUCUGUUCCUACUGAAAUUAGGAGACAUUUGCAGUGAUUUAAGUGUAUUAUUUCUGGACCACUUCUCAGAGGACUUUAUUUCAAAGGUCAUUGUUGAGUACCUGUAUGAUGCAAGACAGUGUCAUAUAAAGAUACUAGACACAAAGGGCUCCUAUACAUGUGCAGGGAGCAGACACGAUUAAUUGAGUCUGCUGGAACAUGGUAAUUACCGUGCUUCAGCAGACUCCAGCAUCAUGUGUAUCAGCGUCCCUGUGCUGAAGAACGAUGGUGUGGCACUUUAGAGCUUUUUUGAGCUUUAGUUCAAAGCACCCUGCUGCGAUUUUUUUAGCGUGGGGGCAUCAAUACACAUGAAGCUUUUGGAGCUGUGCUAAUUAAAGCACCCCUCCGCCUGCCAGAGCAUAUCUAUAAACACCCUAACAGUAGAACCUAGAAGCAGGACAACUACAUUAAUGCAGUACUAUCCUGGGCUAAUAAGCCCAACUUCUCAGCAGAGCUGCUUAGCACGCAUAGCAUUGCACAAGGUGGGUGUGCUGUGCUGGUUCCAGAGCUAGCAUGGGAUGCCUUUACAUGGCAUUGCCUUGUGCCUGAUGGACAUACCCUGGUAAACUGAGGAGUUCCUGUUUGUGGUGUGUAUGGCAUACGUUUGAAAUCCAGAUCAUGUGUACCCUGGAAGACUCUGUGGUGACUGGAGCAUUUGAUGAUAGCACCACAAACUGGAAGCUAAGCAACUGAGAAGGAGAGAAAUUUUAUUGAGACCUGCAAACUGAUAUGGUAGUAACUAACUCAAUAAAAUUUGAGAUGUAUGAUCUGUAAUGCAUUCUACUUAUACCUCUCUUCCAGUUAAGGUAGGAUUAUUCACAAUGUACAUGCUUAAAACCCAAGAAAUAUUUCAGCAGAGCUAUGGGUUACUACAUUUGGAUUUCCCUUUUUUAUUAAAAGAAAAAAAAAGAUCUGAGAUUUUAUUAAUCUAGAUGCUUGAAGUUUAAAAAUAAAACUUCAUAAAAAGGGCAAAAAGCACAAGUCCUUCAGCAAUGCUUUGUAAAUUGCAUUUGAAAGAAAAAGUUUCUCUUUUGCUAUUGGUGAUGAUGAAGGGAAGGACUUUAUUCCUGUUGCUCAUGAAUGUCCUGAUCCAGAUGUCACAUUUCGGCAUAGUUAAUGGAGCUUGAGCCUGCUUUGGCUCUCAUGGAAGUAGACUGAAUAUUUGCUAAUGAUUUCAUAGGAAAUGCAAUGAAAUGCUUGUAUAGAAAAAUGAGCUAGCCCUGUGUCUGGACUUCCUAGUGACAUUUUUCAAAGCAUUUAGCAAAGCUAUUUGUGUAAUUUAACACUAAUCAGAUUCCAGUGACUAACACAAAUACAGAUGUGGAAAUUCAGCCCUUAACUGAGGCAGAAAUGUUUAGGCUUUAUCAGGGUAUGGUACUGUGAACAAAUUAGUGGUUUUCUAUCGAGCAUCAGAGUAAAACUUUUCAUUUUGUUUAUUGACCCCUAAAAAUAAGAGCUUAAGAGGAUGGUGGUUGUAUUGAAGUGGUUUUUAAUUCCCAGAUUUCAAGUGUUAUCCAGGUAAAUGGAAUGAGAUCUUGGCUCUAGAGAAGUCAGUAGAAAAAUUCUCAUACACUAGAAUGGGGCCAGGAUUUCACCACGAGCCUUUAAUCCUGAUUAAUUAUUAAAUGAUAUUUAAUUUAUAUUCAGAAUUUGAACUGUGAUGCAACACCACAAAUGAUAGAAUUUGAUAGAAAGCACAACUACGUGAGUUCAUUAAAAUGUAUCUGCACCACAGACACUGCUGUACUGCAGCUCAUGCUAACUUUAAAAUAGCAGACAUGGGAACUGGUAAUGGUGAAGGUAUGGUAGUACAGAAAUUAUGGCUAAUGCCUUGAAUAUAUUCCUAGUUUCUCAGGCCAGUUUUGCAGUUCAUGCUGAGUUCUGUGCUCUGAUGUUAGCGGUGUAUAGCUGCAACAGCAAGUUAGUUUUAAGCUAUCAUAACUGAGCUGUCAUCAUUGCUGUGAUUGUAACAUAGAAAGGCCCCCCAAAUAAUUUCUUGUGCUUAGUACUCAACCAUACACCCAUGUACUUGUUUAUGUGGUGCACCUAAAAACAUUUAAAAAAAUAAUUACCUUGUAAACUGCACUAUGGUUUUGGAGGCUGAAAAAUAAUAUAUAUUUAUGCUGCCAGUUUGUCAUCAUAUUUAUAUGAAACUGAAACAUGUAAAUUAUAUUUUUCUUAAACUUCACUGUAUUCAAUUAAAUUAAAUUCCGUGUGAGGUAUCCUUCCUAUCUCUUAUCCUGUUUGUCACACUUUCCUCUAAUGUGACAUUUUCCAAAUAUAGCAAGCUAAGUACAGAUUGGGAUGCUUUCAUGUCAGGGGUUGUAAUCCAUGAGAAGUCUGAGUAAGCUUUGAAAAAUUGGAAUGCAGAAUUUAGCUGCACAAAGAAUCCAGUGUUGAUGUUGGUCUAUUUUUAAAUAAACUUGCUGUUUCUAUUAGAUUUGUAAUUCUGUAUUGUCAGGCAUUUAGAUGUAUAGAAAAACUGCAUUUUGAAGUACAUUCUGGGCACCUUACUGAAAUUGGGUCCAACUUGAAGCAUUCAGAGGAAGGGAAACUUAAAAUUUUGGGGGAAAUAAUUAACUUUUUUUUAAAAUUGUGUACUGCUGUAGUAAAUGUUUAGAAAGAAACACAGCAUGUUUUAUUACUUAUGUACAGGUUUCAAGUACUAAUGAAGAACCUCAGCAGAAUUUUUUACUGCUGUUAGUCUCAUGAUUGCAGAAUCAUUAACCUGUUCUGCAUUUCUUGCUGAUCAAAUAAUAUUCUUGUUAACUAAUUAGUUAUGAUUACAGUAUUAUUAGGAAUGAGUAAAAGCUGCUCUCUUCAUCAAUAUGUAGUUUUACUAUCGUAGAUGAGAGAGAAGAUACUAUGAGGGGGAGACUGAGUGCAUAUGUCAGCACGAGAACUGCAGCUCCCAUUGUGCUCUGCGCUGUGCAACACGUGCACAGUUAGUUAGCCUCCUUUUCCUCAGCCACGUGGAGCUGAGCGUGCAUGGCUCGCCUGGCUGCACGCUGAGCAGCACCGUUGUGCAGCUGCUGUCUCCGGCCUCUGCAAAAUUAGUUUGAGGGGGAUAAGCCUCUCCAAUCCCCAGCCUUCCAUCACCACCUAUGUUUGUUAUACCACAGAGCCCCAAUGACUAUUUGUAUGUUUGAAGCUCAAAAAAAUGUGAUUUCAUUAUUCUCUAAUUAUGGUAAUGUGUAUUUUUAAUUAAUUAAACUUGGAAUGCUGUAAGUGUUAUGGGGGGGGGGGGAGGAAGUACACGGUUAACUUCUAAUUUUCACCAUUACUGUUAAUUACUUGAGAGAGAAAUUUUUGAACUUGAAAUAUUUUACAGAAUAAUGGCCUAUGAAAGAAUUCUUUGUAAUGAGUAAAUCAAGUGUAUACAUCCUAACAAUUAACAAAAACACUAGUUUUGAUGCCAUAUACUGUCUUCUAGGUUUUAAAAGUUGCUUUAAUGCAAGAGUCAUUAAUCUUUACAGAAUAAUUUAGACAGACAAUUUGUAAGACGUCUGAGAUUUUUAAAUUUCCCUUUCUCUAAUGCACUCUGUGGGAAUACAUACUGCUCUGCAGCAGUAUUAUGCCAGUACUACAUGUGCCUCUAGCCAAUUAAACUAGUCUGAGGUUGAAACACUCCUACAUUUCUUCAUCGUCUUAAUACGAACCAACAAUUCACAGCCCCCUUUCUCUACAGCCUUACACCCCCCCCAAAAAAAAAAACUGUACCAGAACCCCUGUUCCACUUAGAUAAUUACUAAUAUGUAUAUAUGAACUGUUAACACUAAUUAAGCUGUAUUAUGUUUAGUCUCAUUUUGUGUCAAUCAAAGCAAGGUACACAAUAACAUUUGAUAGUUUUAAACUUUUAGAAAACGUAUUAAGAAGCAUCCUCAUUGAUUUAAUGUGUCUGUUUUAACAUCUUUAUAACAUGUAAAUAGUGACUACUUGGAUCAUUAUUUUGGGACCAUGUCAUACUCGUAGAAAGUAUAGCAGUUGGUAUCUAUCUUUUUUUCCUCAAGGGUUCCUAAUGUAACAAUUUCAUUUCUCAUUGAAGUAUGUGGAAGGUAAUGGAAUUAAUUUUGUUUAUACAAUUUUAGUAAGACAAGACCUUAUUCCACUUUCAAAUGUGCAUCAAGAAUAGUCUGUAGGAGUGUUGCUUAUGGAUAGGCUAGCUUCUUUUGCCUUAUGAUACAGGUAUGGGAGUGCAUAAUACCUUGCUCAGAUGCUUACUGAAUUGAUUUUUUUUUUCUGUGUAGCAUUAUUAAAUUAUUGAUGUUCUGGAUAUAUUUUUUGAAUUGUAUAUAUGACUGUCUAGCAGAAUGGAAGGUUGUUUGCAUGAAAUAAAUAAUUUCUGCAAUCCUA